AUGUCUCCUCUGGCUCUGCUCUUACUGUCCAUUUUUACCGUCACCGUCGCCCUUCCACCUAAAGGUUCCUCAAAUUUUCUGAUUUUUCUUGGGUAUUGUGUGAGGUAAACUUCACAGAUCUGAUGUAAACUUCUGUGGUGGGUAAAUCGAGUACGAGUAUUCGAAAACAAAAAUAACUAUCUGCUGAGUGACCUCAGGUACUGAGAAAAGUCCGUCGGAUAUGAACAAAAAAAAACAAAGAGCGGAAUUUCCUUGCAUUUUUUGUAGAAAAAGUUAUUUUCUUGUUUCAUUCAUAAUAUAUUGAACCACAGAAAUUGUUUUAAAAGCCGGAAAACCGUUUGUUUUUGACUUGCUACUUCUCAGCUUCCUAUGGUGCUUAGCAAAUUAUUUUGUUUUGUUUUAAAGAACUCAUACCUAGGGCUACCUACCACAAAAGUGAACAAGGUUUGAGAUUUUCACUUCACACACUUUCCUUGUGAGUUCAUGAUUUUUUACAUGAAUCGUAGGAAAUAAGAAUGAUUUUUAUUUACAAAAUGAGUUUUCUUCAAGAUUCUCUCAACGAUCUUCAUACUUUGUGUUAAGGAUGCAUGUCUUGUCUUCUGGCCCCUUUGGAGGAGCGUCCACACUCUGGAUCUUCGUCUGUCAGCAAAAAUUUCGGCCCUAACCGCUGUUUUGUAAGCUUUCUUGAGUUGCUUUUUAUUAAUUUUUAGUUUCCAGGUACAAACAGUGAAAUGUGUUGGCCGAACGAAAGAAUCAGAAACAUUCAUUCAGGUGAGAUUGUCCUAACCAGAUAAUGUUUAUAAUCUUUUUCAGUUUAAUCGUGGAUCGAAAGGCGUUUUGGCACCUAUUGAACAAACAAUAGAGCUUACAUGCAGCAAUUCCGGCGAAUGGGAGGUUGGUUAUCAUUUUUUCUUAUUGGAAUAAAACUUUUUGAUGCAACCUUAAAUAAAAACACUGAAUCAGUAGAAAAAAAAUUUGGAGUCUUUUUUCUUGGUGUCAUUACUACUAAAAGUACCUUUUUUGCGAAAUAAUGGUUGAAUAAACAUUAUUUUAGUUCAAUCAUCUCGACUUCACGCUCAAAGUGAACUCAGUGUCGUGCUUAUCAACCUGA